AUGGCGGUAUCUGCCCUGGGCCAGAGGCUUUCCCAGAUCAGCCUGCAGCGGGGCUGGCAGAGAAGGACACCAGCGCCUCUCCUUCGGGCCGCUGAAGCUAAGCGGUCGCCUGGCAACCCUGGCGGCGCGCCGUUCGAACGGAAGCGAGGAACCAAUCAGGAAGUCCGGGGCGAACCAUUCUGGUGUGAAGGGGGGCGGCGUGCUCACUUCCCCUUCCACGGCGCCCCAGGGACUUUCCCUGCGGUGGGGGCCUUCGACAACGAGGGCCACCCGCUCAGCUCGACUGCGGAGGGCAGCUCCAAAGGGGACCCCAAAGGUGCCCACGCGGGGCUGGGGCCUCCUGGGCGUCGUUGGGAGCGGCCACUACCGGCCCGGGUCCGAGCUGUCAGCCUCUCCAAAGCCUGCGCGAGAGGAGCCGGGACACGCCUAGCGCGGACUCCAGAAGGAAUGCGUGUGAGUCCUCAGCAUGGGGAUGGAGAAGUUUUCAGCUUCUGGGUUCAAAUCCUGGCUCUACCAUCUACCAGCUGUAUGACUUUGAGUGAUGUGCCUGUUCCCCCUCUGCCUUCCACCAGGAUUGGAAACUUCCUGAGACCUCCCCAGAAGCUGAUGCCACCAUGUUUGCUGUGCAGCCUACAGAACCUGGAAGCUGGAUCCCUAGGGAGGAUGAGGCCCAGGCUUGAGUCCAGGCACCAGCAAGAGCGCGUUCCCACCCUCCUGAAGGUCUGAUGUGGAGCAGAGGAAAAGAAUGGUCCUGAUAUCACCGGGAAAAGGGUCUUAUCCCAUAUCGCAAGAGUGGGUUCUUGGAUCUCACAUGGGAAAGAAUUCAGGUCCAGCCCAGCCCUACUGAAGAACAGCAACUUGAGCUGGCCUUUCUGUGCUCCGCUUGAUUAAAAUGUAGAAGGCAUCUCUAUCCAGAAGACUUGGCUUGGCC